CUGAAUCGUAGCAAUGUGGAGCAAUCGCUGCUCUAUUUUUAUCCUGGCGCUGCUGGUCGCCAGCGGUGCAGUGAAAGUAUCCGGAAGAUUGCCUCGAAUCCUGCCGGAAUCUCUCGCCGAAGGCGAUGAAGGUGUAACAGUGCGCGGAGAUUGUGAAUUUAAGGUGAACGGCGACCUCAACGAUCCUGCUCCUCUAUUUUCGCGACACAAUUCCUACGAAAUUAUUGUGCCAGAUCCCACGGACACAGUGCGUCUGGUUAAUGGUGAACUUUUGGAUAUGUUCUGCCCGGGAGUAGGAUUUGCAGCCCCAUUCGUAAAUCGAUGGCAGGUGACGGCUACGUGUUUGCAGAAUAAGUACUUUCUGGUCGAUGAUUUAAUAUAUCCGUUUGCCAAUUUUUCCUGUACCGCCUGGCCCAUAUUUACUGCCCUUCGGUCGGGUAAGGAUUGCAAUGGAGGCACAGAUCUCGUCCAGGUAGGAUUCGAGGUGGAGGAUGGCGGCUUCCUGCAGAGCUAUGAACUGUGCCACGAUGCCGAGGCGGAAGCAACGCGAUAUGUUCAUCACGUGCUCUAUCCAUCGAGCUACGAUUAUCAGCAUGGAGUGGCGCGACCCAACUUUCUCGAACUCGAUUUCUAUGGCGGAAGGGAUGUGAAUACCAAGUACACGCAAGUACAGCAGAACAUCACAAUCAGUAACAUACUCGGUCUGGAUGCGUCACCCUACUUCAACUUUAGCGAUGACCGCAUCCUGUCUCGGGGACAUAUGAUCGCCAAAACGGAUCAGAUCUUCGGGGCGGCUCAGCACACGACAUUCCUGUUCAUCAAUGUGGCGCCUCAAUGGCAGACCUUCAACGGGGGCAACUGGGAGAAAGUGGAGACUAGUGUUCGAAAAUUCGUGGCAGAUCGUAAUCUAACCACUGAUUGCUAUACAGGCACUUGGGGUGUUUCAACCCUUCCCGAUGUGGAUGGCAUUGAGAGGGAGCUAUAUCUGGACUUCGAUGAGAACAACAAUGGCCUGAUCCCAGUGCCCAAGAUUUAUUUCCGUGUGGUCAUCGAUCGGGUGACUCGCGAAGGCAUUGUGCUAAUAGGCAUUAAUAAUCCCUAUCUAACACUGGAGCAAAUCCAAAAGGACUACAUACUGUGCCAGGAUAUUGGCCAUCAGCUAAGCUGGCUAACUUGGUACAAAGAAGAUCUGCACGAGGGUUAUUCCUAUGCUUGCUCUGUCGAGGAUUUCAUUGAAGUGGUUAAGGACUUGCCGCUGGAGGACCUGCACACAAAUGGUAUCCUUGGAUUGGACGACGUGACCACUGUUGAGCCUUCGACAACCGAAAGUUCCACAACUACUGAAGAGCCGAGCUCAACUACAAGCACCGAAAUUCCAUCAACCACUGAUACUACACCUAGUUCCACUAGCGUUUCUUCUACCACCGAAGAGCCAAGCUCAUCUACCGCUUCACCCACCACUGAACUACCAACCUCCACAGUUAUAUCCACCACUGAACCACCAACCUCCACAGUUACAUCCACCACUAAACCACCAACCUCCACAGUUGCAUCCACCACUGAGCAACCCACUUCCACAGUUACAUCCACCACUGAACCACCCACCUCCACAGUUACACCCACCACUGAACCACCUACCUCCACAGUUACAUCCACAACAGAACCAAGCUCGUCUACCACUCUGGAACCUACUUCAACUACAUCUUCCUCUACCACUUCACAACCAACUUUAUCAACCGAAGAAUCAACUUCAACAUCUCCAACGUCUACCUCUACUUCAAGUCCUCCGGUGACUACUGCCAAUCCCAUUGCCAAUCCCUGUAGGUUUAGUACAAAUGGUGAUCUCAAGGAUCCUGCUCCACUACUAACACCGCAAGGAGCUCUCAGCUGGCUGCUGCCCGAUGAAAGUGGGCUUUACACCGUGGAAGAAGGAUCCUCCAUUGAUCUGCACUGCACUGGAGCUCUGGUAUCACCAUUUAAUAGGUAUACAGCUCUGAGCGCUCGUUGUGUUGGUGAUCAAUUGUACGAGGCCGAAGGACAGCUGGUCAAUAUUCGAGGAUUCGUCUGCCAGAGUUGGCCCACAUAUGCGGCAGUCCGAUCGGGACAAUCUUGCGCUGGUGGUACGGAUGUGGUGCACAUCGGCUUCGAUGUGGCUGCCGGUUUUCUUAGCCAUGUUGAGCUCUGCUACGAUCAGCAGGAGCAGAUCUCCAGAUACGCUCGCUAUGAACUGACUCCGGCCAAUGUGGCCUACCAAAAGGGUGUUGCUCAACCGGGCUAUCUUCGAGGUGACUUCUAUAGCGGCGAAGAUGUCAAUGUUCUAUAUGACCAAUCACACCAGCUGGAUGCAUUUAGUACGGCCCUGGGAUUAGAUGCCAGUCAGUACUUUGACAGCACUAAGGAUCUCUAUUUGACCAGAGGACAGCUGGCAGCUCGUCUUGAUUUCGUCCAUAGUUCCGCCCAGAGAGCCACCCACUUUUAUGUGAACGCAGUUCCUCAAUGGAGAAGCAUCAAUAUUGGAAAUUGGCUUGCAGUGGAAUCCAGUUUGAAGCAAUUUGUGGCGGAUGAGGCACUUAAUGUGAGUGUACAUGCCGGCAGCUAUGAUAUCUCAACUCUACCCAAUUCACAAGGUGUCCAGACACCUCUGUAUCUGAAUGCCGAGACCAAACAACUGCCAGUAGCUAAGAUCCUCUAUCGCAUUGUUAUCGAUCAGGAAAGUCGCAAGGGAGUAGUUCUAAUUGUGGUCAACAAUCCACAUAUAACAUUGACGGAGACCCUCGAGGAUUAUGUGAUCUGUGAGGAUGUGGGAGCGCAAAUCGAUUGGUUGGACUGGGACAAAGCAAACCUGCAGAAGGGCUACUCCUAUGCGUGCUCUGUAGAAGAUUUCAUCGAAGUGGUUAAGGAUUUGCCCACAGAUCAACUGCAAACAACAGGAAUUCUUGGUUUGACUGAUCAAAUCUUGGACAAUGAAGUGUGCAGCUUUAAAGUGAACGGUGAUCUUAAGGAUCCGGCUCCUUUAUUUGUAGUCAGGAGUGAAUUGGGUCAUGCGAGAUAUUUGGAACCGAAUCAAGAAGGAGUAGUUCAGCUAAAACAUGGAGAAGCCCUUGAGUUCCACUGCAUCAAUUCUUUCAGUGGACCCUUCUCUGGUUAUACCUUCGUCAAUUCAACAUGCUGGCAACAGCAGAGCAUCCUGGCAAUGGGCAGUUUGUAUCAGCUGCAGGACUUUGUCUGCACUUCCUGGCCAACAUACACUGCUCGUCGCUCUGGUCGUCCCUGCAAUGGUGGUACUGAUCUGCUUGAAGUGGGCUUUCAGCUGUCAUCCUCCUCGAGCGACGACUUCCUGCAGACCUAUGACGUGUGUCACGAUGAACUGAGCGAAGUCACCCGCUAUGUGCAUCAUGUUUUGUACCCCGGAAGUGACCAAUAUCAGCGAUCUGUAUCCAGGCCAUCCUUUAUACCCGGCGACUUUUACGGAGGCAAGGAUGUGAACACUUUGUACACCCAAGUUCAACAGAAUAUCACGGUUUCCGAGAUUUUGGGCAUGGAUGCCUCACCAUACUUCAACACCACUGGUAAUGUCUAUCUGGCUCGGGGUCACCUUUCUGCAAAGACCGACUUUGUCUUUGGGGCCGCUCAAAAGGCGAGCUUCUUCUUUGUGAAUGCGGCACCUCAGUGGCAGACCUUUAAUGGCGGAAACUGGGAACGAAUCGAGGACAGUGUGAGAAAGUUUGUGGCGGAUGAAAACAUCACAGUGGAUUGCUAUACGGGCACAUGGGGUGUGUCCACCCUGCCGGAUGUAAAUGGCAUUGGAAGGGAGCUCUAUUUGGACUUUGAUGAAAACAACAAUGGUCUGAUUCCAGUGCCAAAGUUGUACUUCCGCGUGAUUAUCGAUCGCGAGAGCAGAAAUGGCAUCGUGCUACUUGGAGUUAACAACCCACAUGCCACCAUUGAGCAAAUCGAAGAGGAGUACAUCAUCUGCCAGGAUAUUGGCGCCCAACUGAGUUGGGUCAGUUGGACCAAAGAGGACCUAAAGAAGGGCUAUUCAUAUGCCUGUACUGUGGAGGACUUUACUGCAGUGGUGAAAGACCUACCUUUACAAGACCUGUUUGUCGAUGGAGUCCUGGGUGUUUAAUAUCAGAUUUUGUGGGUGUGCAAUUUCCAAAAAAAAAAACGAAUUUCUUAAUUUAAAACCAAUAAAAAGACUAUCUU